AUGGCCUUCAAGUUCGUCGUCCUCGCCGCCCUGAUCGCCGCCGCGAACGCCGGCGUAAUCGCGUCCGCCCCCCUGGCCUACGCCGCUGGCCCCGCGGUCGUCGCCGCCCCCGUCGCCAAGGCCGUGGUAGCUAAGGCCGUCGACGCCGACUUCGACCCGCAUCCACAGUACAGCUACGCCUACGACGUGCACGACAGCCUGACCGGCGACGCCAAGAGCCAGCAGGAGACCCGCGACGGCGACAUCGUUCAGGGUAGCUACUCCCUCUUGGAGGCCGACGGCACCAGGCGCAUCGUCGACUACACCGCCGACCCGGUCAACGGAUUCAACGCCGUGGUCCGCAAGGAGCCCGCCGCCGCCCCCGUCGCGCACGUCGCGCACGCCGCACCCCUCGCCUACGCCGCCCCGGUAGCCAAGAUCGCCACCCCCGUGGCCCAUGUCGCCCCGGCCGCCGCGCCCCUCGCCUACGCCGCCCCGGUCGCCAAGAUCGCCACCCCGAUAGCCCACGCCGCCCCCAUCACCUACGCCAGCUACGCCGCACCGGCUCCCGCUCUCGCUUACGCCUCGCCGUUCGCCAAGGUCGCCGCCGCGCCCGCCUUCUCCUACGCCGCCCCCGCUGCCUACCUCCACUGAACUGUGACCUGACCACCACUUAGGAAUGAUACUUAUCGAAUAAAUCUCAGUUUUCGUAGCAAGUACAUAAGUCGCAUGGGAAUUGUCUUCGCCUAUCUUCAAUGUAUCUCCGUGCAGUAAUUAAGUCGGGCCUUGAGAAUCCGGUUUGAAUUGGACUUAGCAGCUGCGUCCCUCAGAAAGAUCACUUUUUAAUAUAUAAUUACGCAAUUCAUUUUCUCACGUGCCGGCGGAAGAAAUGUCUUCGGCCAGCUUUUUCUCUUGUACAUUUUCCGAUCAUCUAGAUAUUAGAAUAAGACUUGGAUUUGUGUCUUGAAUGUUUGAAUAAUCAUCACUUUCUCACGGAACCAUCUAUCUCUCAUAGUUACAACUUCGUCCUAAUCGUCAUCGUUUAUUAACCCACGUGUUAAGAUACCAAGACUGUUGAAAGCGCAAAGUAUUGCAACGUAGACGCAUCUUUUCCUCGUAUCAAAGCGAAUAAACACGCGCGUCUAUCGAGCUCGAUAGAGGCUACACUAUUCGACGAUAAAUUUCAAAUUGGCGCCGGUGUCGUUUACACGCGAAAAAAAGCGCGAGACAAUUACGUAAAUUCGUGCGGGCAUGUGCGCUCGAAUUUUUAAACGCGCGUAAUACGUCAUAACG